AUGGACAAAGAACAGCUAGCUUUCCAGGAGGAGGAACCUCGCCUAACCCUUUUCGUCCGCUUACGCCACUCGCCUUACAUCCUCCUCCCCAUUCUAGCCACCACUGUCUGGUUCGGUGGUCUCACGGCGCUCAUGAUGUUAUGGGUCGAUGCCGGGAAACCUCGUUACGACUCGGAAGUGGCAAGCAUAGCGUUCAUAAGUGAUAUAGGUGGCGCGAAUGAAGGACUGUUCUUGGGGAUAUGUGUGAUAGUCAUCAUACUGUACUUUUCAUCGGUAUGUGUCAUUCGGUGGUUGAGAUGGAAAGGAAGAUUGCCGGAAAAUAUAGGAAGGAAAGAGAAAAUCUACGGUUACCUCACCAUAUUCUUCUGCUUUGUGGGUUGUGCUGGACUCUUCGUCCUGGCAAAAUGGAACUGCUACGACUACCCCACCGUCCAUUGGGACGGUACACUUGUCUUCAUCAUCGGUGUAGCCUUAUCGGCCAUUUUUCAAACGCUUGAAGUGUGGCAACUCAACAAGGGACACGAAGAACGCAAGCACCUCAAACGAAACACUUACUUCAAGCUAGCUAUUGUUGCUGGAGAUGUCAUCCUCGCCACGGCCUUUGGUGCAACCUACAUGUAUUGCCAUGGAAAAGCUACUGCGACCAAUGGGCAUACCACUUCCCAAUGCGACGACGUGUCCUCUAAAGCCGCCAUCUUGGAAUGGGCAAUUGCGUAUGGGUUGAACUUGUACUUUUUGACUUUGGCGGCAGAUUUAUGGCCAGCUUGGAAGAGUAGUAAGCGAUUUCUGGAGCGAGCUGAGUUCUCUGAGGAAAAAGGACGGAGUGAAGUUUGA